AUGAAGGACGUCUCCUCAUCUUCAGUAUUAUCAUCAGUUUCUACAGCUGAAGAACACAUUGAACAAACAGUGGAUCAAAAGAAAUAUGAUACCCCUAUUAAUCAUAUGAGUAAAAAAAAUAAAAAUGCUAGUAUCGAAAAUACUUUUUCUAAUCUUACUUUAAGUGACAGUAAAAGCAAACAACCAAAAAAAGAUAAAAUAAAAAUGAUUUCUUCUGCUAUAAUUUUGAAUGAACAAAAUUGCUUACAUGAGGUUUUCUACGACGAAAGUAGUAAACCUUCAAAAAUUGGAUUCAAACCAAAACACGAUCUUCGUUUUGGAUAUGAAUUGGACAAAUUCCAGGUCCAAUCUAAUUUGGCUGUGGACAACAAUGAAUCAGUAUUAAUUACUGCUCAUACUUCUGCAGGAAAAACUUCUAUUGCUCGUUAUGUGAUAAACUCAUGUUUGGAAGCCAAAAAAAGAUGCUUUUAUACGACACCUUUAAAAGCACUUUCAAACCAAAAAUACUAUGAUUUUAAUAAAAUAUAUAACGAUGUGUUGGAGGCAACGCUUCCAGGCAUAUGUAUAUAA